AUGCCGCCGUUUCGUAACCUGUUCCCCCGACGCCCGCCAGCCGUCAAUGUGGAGGAAGCAUCGGAUGAGCCUGGCCCUCUGUCUGCGGAGAGGAGCCCGGCCAGGAGUUCGAGGCCGUCCUUAACUCUAGGCAGGAGUAGAGUCGACGAGCCUAACGAAUAUAAAAUGAGUGGUAAAGCUUCUGUUAUUUAUACGCCCUUGAACUCCGGCUCGUCCGGAUCAUGUACUCUGCAUAAGUAUUGGCUGACGGAUUAUUUGUAUCGUACUACACAUGUAGUUGUGAGCGACAAUGGAGUCUAUCUUCCGCCCUCGCCCACGGAGACGAAUAGUUACUGGCAGAGACCGUCGUCUCGAAAAGCCAGUCGGAACCUCCUCGAUGAGAAUGAACCGUUUUCGAUAUCCCGAGAAUCCUUCGACUCCUAUCGUCGUUCCUUCAUGGCUAACCGAUACCAUCGACUACAGGACAUAUCCGCUCGAUCUCCCGUGAGCCAACACUCAGAUACAGCCGCAUCACGCACCUCUCUCGACUCCCGCCUCUCCCGAAACUGUCCCCGCUCAACGGUGAAUGGCAGCGUCCCGGAGCCCCCCACGGUCAACGAUAUAGACGAGGUAGAAGAUCCGUUCGAAGACGUGCCUCUGGCCGAUGGUUCCAAGCUAAAGAAACGAGGGCUCUUUUCCCGCCUUGGUGACUCGUCCGCCGGUUCACAGGUCCAGGGCAAGUCGCUGUCCUCCCAUCAUACCUUUCAUUUCCCGGGAAGACGGCGAGGUCAGAGCGGUCAAGGCGCAGAGCUAACGAGCAUGGACCAAGCUAAAUAA